AUAGUGGCAGUCAAUAAGUUUGUGUCUGUCAUUAGUCCUGGUGCUAGUGAUAACUGUCCCUACUGUGAUGAGACUGAAACUGUGUUUCAUUGUUACUGUGAGUGUGUGCGCCUGCCUCCGUUGUUCUUACUGCUGGAGAAGUUGUUCAUUAAGGCCCUGCACUUGAAACAUACAUCUCUGAAGCUAUGUCCCCAAUGGUAUCCUUAACAGUUACUGUCCGGUGGGCCGGUGAUGCUACAACAUCUGACUUUGACCAAAGCGAGGAAGUAGUGUUCAACCUUGACGAUAUCAUUCAGCUGGAGGAGAUCCUGAUGACCGACAUCUUUGUGGAUAUUCAAGGAUCCCAGUUUGCCUGGGGCUUACCGGUGCCCGGUGAUACUAUGACAUCUGACUUUGAUCAAAGCGAGGAAGUGGUGUUAAACCUUGACGACAUCAUUCAGCUUGAGGAGAUCCUGAUGACCAACAUCCUUGUGUAUAAUCAAGGAUCCCAGUUCGCCUUGGGCUUACCGGUGCCCGAUCAUACUACGACAUCUGACUUUGACCAAAGUGAGAAUGCAAUGUUCCAGCUUGAUGAGAUCAUGCAGCUUGAGGAGAUACAGAUGAAUAACUUCCUUGUGGAUAAUCAAGCAUCCCAAUUCGAGUGGCGCUUACCGGUGCCCGGUGAUACUACGACAUCUGACUUUGACCAAAGCGAGAAUGCAAUGUUCCAGCUUGCUGAAAGCAUGCAGCUUGAGGAGAUACAGAUGACUAACUUCCUUGUGGAUAAUCAAGGAUCACAUUUCGAGUGGGGCUUAACAUUGCCCGAUUCUACAACGUCUGACUUUGACCUAAGCGAAAAUGCAAUGUUUUGAUUUGACAAUAUCACACUUGUAUGACCUUGGUAUCAGAGUGUAACCACCUGGUGUGCACAUGCAACAACAAAUGUCUUGUGUGCAAUACGGUAUUCAUAAAGUUUCAGAACGUUUUCACUUGAUGCACCAUGUACUGUGUAAGAUCGCCAGACUUGAAAGAGUAAACAUCUGACACGACAAUGUACCACAAUGUCCUGUGUGUGACUUAAAGCGACUGUGACCUUUCACUGUAAGGAGGAUGUUUGUGCAAAUGCUAUAGAAAAACAUUUGUGAAUCUUGAUUCUGUGUCAUGAAUUUAACCCUUGUGUUGUCAUUCUGUUAACCACGCAUCCUUUUGUUUUCUGGGCCUAACCUUAAAUUUAAAUUAUCGUCUUCCCCCAAUGUUUUUGUCAUACUUUCCAAGUUGUUAUUUCGCUUCACAAGUUUUAUGACC